CACUUUUGAGGCAAUGAAUGACUGAAUGAAUGCUUGCAUUGAAAAUACUUUUAAUGAUUCAAUCAUUGAAUGCAAGUCUCAAACAUUGUUUGCGUUGACAUUGUGUGUGAUAUUCAAUACAAUUGUCUUCAUUUGAUCCCUUCAUUCACCGGCAAUGGCUGACAGCGACGACGACAUUAUGAUCAUCGGUGGCCGACAGACGCCAAAGCCUUUGGUCAAGAAUGGCGUCAAAGAGCCGACGGAUGACGCGAAGAGCGAAGUGUCGGAAUCGCCGGAACUGAUCCGCAAACGCGACGUAAACGACACGCAAUCCACUGAAUCGCCCAUCAAUUUGCCGAAGAGUCGGGUGAAGCGUGUGAUCGACGACAGCGACGACGAAGACGUGUCGCGCAAACAGCAGAAGACGUCGUCCAACAGCUAUAGCCUCAAUGAGGACGCGAUCGGGAAAAUGGCUUUCGAGGAGAUGUGCGAAUCCACUAUAAGAGAGUUACAGCAGUUGUUCCCUGAGAUCGAUAUCUGCGAAAUACAGGACGCGCUCAUCCAAUCCGAUUGGUCCGUCUUUAACGCGUCCAUCAAAUUGGGUAAUCUCUACGACUGUCCCGAACCCGAGUCUAAGACCGCAGUGAAGGCCGAAGCCGUGAAAACGGAGCCAAAGAUCUGUACGAAUGACGAGAAGAUGAAAAGUCUGGAUAAUUACCGCAAAUGGAGACCAAAUAGCAAAGAGGAAGAGUCUUCGAGUUAUGCUUUUAAUUCAAUUAAAAACAACAAAAACAAGUUUUCGAAACGGAAUUUCGAUUUAAAUAAGGACUCGGAGUCGAGCGAAGACAGCGAUGGCGGAGAGAACUAUAACAAGUUCUCCGAAGGCGUGGUUUGUGUCGAUUCUAGCGAUGAGGACAACAGCGACGACGACGAGUCCAAAAACGUGAUUAAAGACAAGUCGUCGUCUAAAUCGAUGGCAUUCCGGACACAAGACCUGAAGGACAAAGUGAUUGAUUUCCUGCAGACGGCCAACUAUUUUGAGCUCCAAAUGGUUCCGAGCGUUAGCGGCAAGAAGAUUGAUCUGAUCACUAAUUUGCGUCCCUUCACCGACUGGUCCGACGCUGUCAUCAAAUUCACGAACGCCAACCUCUCGACUGAGAUUCUGGACAAGUGUUUUGAUGUCGUCAGAGCCCAAGAGGUGGUCCGACGGCUCAUGAACUCGUGUCAGGAGAUGACUAAAGACUUGAGCAAAACUGUCGAUAAGUUAACGGCUUUAGAACAGCCAAAGAUAAUAAACUCGGAGAUGAAGUUAUCUCACUAUCAGUUGAUUGGUCUCAAUUGGUUGGCAUUGAUGUAUAAAAAGGGCAUUAAUUGUAUUCUCGCCGAUGAGAUGGGUUUAGGGAAAACGAUUCAAGUGAUCGCCUUCUUUGCCUAUUUGAGGGAAAGGAAGUCAGUAAAGGGUCCGCAUCUGGUGAUAGUGCCCUCCUCUACGCUCGAGAACUGGAGCCGAGAGUUCCAGACGUGGUGUCCAGACAUCAAACUAUUACUCUAUUACGGCUCUCAAGACGAGAGGGCUUUGAUUCGGGAACAGAUCUCUCGCCACGACAUUGAAUUCGACGUAAUCCUCACCACAUAUAAUAUCGCGCAAACGCCCGGCGAUAAGAGUUUGUUCAAAAAGAGUAAAUUCAAGUACUGUGUGUUCGAUGAGGCCCACUAUCUCAAGAAUAUUAAGAGCACCCGAUAUAUGGCACUCAUGAACCUAAAGGCUAAACACCGACUAUUAUUGACGGGAACUCCACUUCAGAACAAUUUAGUGGAACUGAUGUCACUCUUGAUCUUCACAAUGCCUCACAUGUUCUCCGGAAAGACGGACCAAAUCAAGACUUUAUUCACUUAUACUAAUGUAUGUAAAGAUAACGCCCACAGGAUUUCAUAUAUUAAGGAACGCAUAGAACAGGCGAAGAAGAUUAUGAAACCAUUUGUCUUGAGACGUCUUAAGAGCGAAGUGCUGCAAGAAUUGCCCGCAAAGAUAGACCACAUCCUCACCGUUCCCAUGAAUGCAGACCAAGAGCUCAAAUACGCGGAUCUCAUUGAGAACUACACCCGAGAAAUCAAAUACAAGAAGAUUACGUUUGAAGACAGCGAUAGUGAGGAGAAGUUCAAGAGUGGGAACGGAAUGUUAAUGAAUUUGCGGAAAGUGGCGAACCAUCCGCUCCUCAUUCGACAACACUAUGACGACAAGAAAUUGAGAGAAAUGUCACAAUUAAUGCUAAAAGAAGAGACCCAUCGCGAGGCCAAUCCUCAGCUCAUCUUCGAGGACAUGCAAGUCAUGCAUGACUUCGAACUCUAUAAACUCUGCAAACAUUACAAGUCGUUGAGUAACUAUACUUUAGACGAGAGUUAUAUCGAGGAUUCGGGAAAAUUUCAAGAGUUGGACAGUUUGCUCGUCAAAUACAGAAAUGAAGGCAAACGAGUGCUUCUCUUCAGUCAAUUUACAAUGGUUUUGGAUAUUAUUGAAGAGUUUAUGAAAUUGCGAUUUUAUCAGUAUUUACGGCUCGACGGCAGCACUAAAGUUGCCGAUCGCUUGGAUUUGAUCGAUCAAUACAACAACAAUCCCGACCUCUUUAUCUUCUUGUUGUCCACACGAGCGGGUGGUCUGGGAAUCAAUUUGACGGCCGCCAGUGUUGUCAUCAUUCAUGACAUUGACUUCAAUCCAUAUAACGACAAACAGGCGGAGGACAGGUGUCAUCGUAUCGGUCAGACUAAGGAAGUGAUUGUCUAUCGGCUUAUAAGUCAAAACUCUAUUGAGGAGGGGAUGCUUAAGAUAGCAGAGGAAAAGCUCAAACUUGGAAGAGAUAUAUCGGAAUCAAAGCAAGAUACGAAGAAUGACAACGAGGAACAGAUGGAGAAAUCAGAUGUUAAGACUCUGCUUAGAGCUGCACUCAAAUUAUGAUUAUUACGGUAUAUAUCGAUAUUAUAUACCAAACUGUUGGGAAUAAUGGCCUCGAAAAAUAUUACGAACAGCACAGUUGUGUCACUCACUACUACUGUACCACUAAUUGUAGCCCACAUUCCCUAAUAAAUGAGACUUUUGUCAUAUUUUUAUUAAUAUUUUUAAUGAAACAAUUGAAAC